AUGCAACAUGGAUCAAAGAUGAUCAAACUGGAUGUCAACAGGAAGGGCCAUCAUAAAAAAACCUUUGUCCUUGAUAAAGACAUGACAGAAAUAAGAUAUGAGCCAUCAAAGAAGAACUCUCGGUGUAAGUUUAAUUUUCUGAUAUUUUUUAUGGUGGGUCUGUAUCUUGGGUAUAAUUUCUGUUUAGAAAUGACCACAGCUGUUUUAACUCUUAAGAGAGACUUUUUGUUUAAAAAUUAUGCACUUGAAAACGAAAAAAUUUUUGAAUAUUUACAUAAUAUUUAUAUACAGUAGAUACAGUAGUGGGUAACUCACAUCUUUAGACAAAUGUCCCUUUUCAUGCAUUGCAAACCUAUUUUUUAUUUUUUUCAAGUAGUCCUUUCAUUAUUAACAUUAAAUAAAAGAUAGGAAUUCACAGUUGUUCAAAGGGCAGGAAACUCUAUCCAACAAAUAAAUCACUAUUCUGCCAUAGACAAGUGUACUAAACAAAAUGGACUGUGCUAUAAUCCACCUGGCAGUGAUUUCAUAGCAGAUAGAGUUAACAUCUUCCCUUUAAACAGGCAGGGCCUGAAUAUUCGUUUGAUAUAUUUUGGUUGUACAUUUAUUGUACAGUAAUAGGGAAUUACUACAUAACAAUUUUGUUCCACCCUCUAUAAAAAUAACUUUUUCCUCAUAUUUGUUAAAUGAUGUAUAAUUUUCAGUGGUUAUUAAUUGCUGUUGUUCGGUGUUAUGGUCCUACAGUUGCUAUUGACUGUGGUUGGUCAUUUAGGGUCAUGGGAAGUUACUAAGGGGCGGGGGGGAGACUUAGCCUCAUUGGCACAUAGUACAAUCUCAUUAAUCAUCACUUGUUCUCGACCAAGUGAGGGGGGUGGGGAGGAGGGUUCCUGCAUUAGUUGUGUUUAUAGAGACUCAUCUUUUGUUAUCAUUAUUUAAUACCUUUUUUUCUUAGCAAGGUAUGGGCAAGGAUGGGGGGUCACAGGUGCCAUCAACCACACCCCCCUCUCCUUUCUUUUGCUUAUAUCCUUUGAUGCACUAUGAAGGUUUGAAAGACCUUCCAAUGCCUUGUAUGGUUGUGACAUUUUUGGGCUUAGUGCCUGAAAUGAAACUCAGAGAGCUUGAAUAUUUUAUUUUAUUCAUCUUUGGUUUUCGGUUAUAUCUUAGUUAAGAUUGACAAAAUGACAGAAAUACAAUUUGGAGACAAUGUCAAGGACCUCUUCCAAGGAUUUUUGAAAAAGCAUUCCCUUGAGAACUGUAUUUCCAUUAAGUUUGGCAACAAUGGGGGCAGUGCAGCUCUCAAUGUGGUGGCAGAGUCAAGGGAAGUGGCAGACUUUUGGAUAAGAGGACUUCAAAAGCUCAUUAUCAACAAAGGUAACAUUCUGCCUCAAAACAAUUUUUAUCAGCUUGUUCCAGACAUUCAGUUAUUAAAAAUGAAGGGUGCUAGUAAACGGUGCAAUGGUUGUGGAGGAGUGAAAAACCGUGGGAGGCUUGGGGUCAGGUAGCAUUGAGAAUGUUAUGCACCGGACCCAGUCCUCUCUUGUUUUCGGACUUCCGCUACUAUCGGCCAUUCACUAUUCGCUCACAUUUACUAACUAAACAUCUGGGACAGGCAAAAUUUAUAAUUUAGGGUAGAGAGGGAUCCCGUAUUGCUUUUACUUUGCUUUACUGCUUUCUGUGAUUGGUCCAGAAAACUUGCACCACUCUCCUAACCAAUCAGAUGUAAAGCCAAACCAAUCACAACAUGCUCACUCGUAUUUUCCCAUGCUUUGUCACUUUAAGUUCUCAUUGGCGCCAUGUGAUAUCUUCUCAUAAUCUGAUUGGCCCUUGUGAUUGCUCUUAAUUUGAGUUUACAACAAGCUAUCGCAAAACGUUCUUGGGUAUUAGAUAACGUGUGGACAACCUGAAAUUUUUCACAGAUCUUAGAUCUGUUAAUCCCUUGAUCCCUAAGAGUGACCAGCAUCUAAUUUCUCCUCACAACAUCGCCCCUGAAUCACACAUUAAGGUCAUGAGAAUAAAGGAAAUGGUCACCAAUUAAAGAUGCUCAUGAUUAUUGAAAAUUCUCCUUGUCGGUACCAUAGUAAAUGUAUAGGGAACAGUAUGGAGAAUAUGCAAACUGAUCUAAGGCUGUAAAGUGUUACUUGACGUUAUAAAGUCAAUUAUGAGAUUCAACAUUCUACUCCUUUGACAAAGAAAUCGGUGACUACUCAUACACUUUCGCUCAAACCAAUCAUGUUUUUUUUUUAACUGGAUUGUUCAGUUAUCUGUUUGUUUUUUGUCUUCGUUCUUCAGGUAAUCUCGAGAAGGAGGACAAGGAAAAUCGCGAUCAAUAUCCUUUCACACUUUUAUUAAAUAUUGAAAAUCAUCUGGAAUUCUCAUCUUGCCAUUAAGUUGCUUUCAACUAUCCUGUGAUUGGUCUAGAAUACACGCGCUAUCCACUCAACAGAUCAGAUGUGAGAAGAGCAAUUUUCAAUCGAGGGUCAAAAGUAAUGCGAGAUUGCACUGGUUUUGCACUUCUUCGCUCUAGAAAACUCGUGCUACUCUCUCAACCAAUCAAAUGCAAAACCAAACCAAUCACGACUUAAUCACCCGCGUUUUCCCGCGCUUUAGGCAGUUUGGUUAGUUUUACUUUGAGAUCUCAUUGGCUCUUUAAGAUUCUUUCCUUUCAUCUGAUUGGCCGUUGUGAUAACUUCGGUUUUGGUCGUACCAAACUCAAUCGAAAAGCGCUCUAUUAUUCAAAUCGUGACUUUGUCUCGCGUAUUUUUCCUGCGCUUAAUCUCAUUUACAUGUAGUUACUUUGAAUUCCUAUUGGCUCUUUGGAGUACGUACUGACGCCUCUUCUGAUUGGCUGUUGUGAAUACUUUGUCUCUGUAUUUCCCGCGCUUGAUUUUGUUUUCACGGGGUUCCUAUGAAUUCUCAUUGUUUCUUUGGAGUACGUUUUUAUGCGUCUUCUUAUUGGCUGUCGUGAUUACUUUGGUUUUAGUGUUACGAUACUCAAAUGAAAAGCGUAGGAAAGAUUCAAGAUUGACAUACAUACAAUUAAUUACUUUUGUGCCACUAUUCAGUUUGAUAGUUUGAUUUUUCCAGGGUAGUUUUGGAAGCAACGGAUAGGUAUUUUCUUUAACAAAUAUUCACAUGGCUCGUGGAAGCCUUUGAGAAAUUCGACAAGAACAAAGAUGGCUCAUUAGGUUUGAAGGAAGUUCAGAGACUUGUCGAAGCUUUGAACGUUAGCAUGAGUCCAAGCCAAGUGAAAAAGAAAUUUAAGGUGAGUAUGUUUACAAUGUCUACUUCUUAAUAAGUCCAGAUUAACAAAGAACUUGGAAAGAAAACUUAGUUUGCGAAUGAAAAGUGCAAAACCGAUAGAAAACUGUACAGGACGCUAUUCCGGUUUCCACAUCACAUGAAUUAUUUCGAUUAAACACCACUAUAGUAUAUGCAAUUCAUUUUAACCCUUUCGAAUGAUGAUUAAGUAAUUUUUUCUUUGCAAUAUCAAUAGAAAGAAGAAUACCUCUGCUCAAUUCACAAGAAAGUUUGUUGCAGGCCUUAAACGAAGCACAACAACUUUGGAAAUUUUAAAGCAACUCUUCACUUUUUUUACCAUCUAUUUGAUUAGGAAGUGAACACAGAUGGUGACGCAGCGCUUAAUAAAGACGAGUUUGCCACAUUCUUCAAGACAAUAUCUACAAGAAAGGAAAUUGUCGAUCUCAUGAAGCAGAAUUCAUCCAAUGGAGCACACAUGAAUGAAGAUGAUUUCCAUUAUUUUUUAACAAAUGUACAAGGGGUAAGAUUUGAUUGCUAGUUAUAAAUUUAUCCAUCGGUCGAUAAGGUAAUCAGUAUGUUUAGGUGUUGGUUUGAUGCUGUUACUCUCUUUAAGCCAGUGGUCGGUCGGUCGGUCGGUCGGUCGGUCGGUCGGUUCCUCGGUUCCUCCCUCAAUCGAUCAGUCAGUUAGUGAGUUUUUAACUGAUCAGUUAGCCAAUUUUAAUAAGUCAGUUUACCCGUCAGACAGGUGUCAGUCAACAAGUCAAUUUACUCAAGCAUAUAAUUGGCUUCAAGUCAAUCAGUCAGUCUAAGUCACGUCAGUCAAUUGUCAGUGACUAAGUCAGUCGAUAUGUCAGUCAGUUUUAGGUCAGUCACUCACUCAAUCUAUCGCUAGUUAGUCAGUCAGCGAAUCCGAUCGCACAUAACAGACAAUCUGCAUCAGUUUGAAACAAAGGCGUUUUACUUCCUUUUUUCAGAUGCCUAACGUCAGCAGAGAAUACUGCUUGGAUAUGAUUUUGACCCAUGAACCAACAGAGACGGGGAAGAAGAGGCAUGAAUUAGGAAUUGACGGUCAGUGUUUGCUCUAAAUGCUGUUCAAAUUGUUUAAGUAAAAUUUCGGAAACUCUUCUCGUACGAGAGAGAUGUUUCUUCGUCUUGUCACGAGCGUGGAAGAAAGGAAAAAAUUUUGAAUCUUUAAAUGGAAUCGAACCUCAGUCCACUGAGGCACCAAGAAAUCAAUGGUGAGCCACGCCUUUACAAGAUUCGUAUGUGAGACGCGUCCUGCAUAAUGCUACAACCAGUAAUGUCGAAAUCGUUAUGUUCGUAAAUAGAAGAAAAAGAAAGACUAUAAAUUUUGAGCUCGGUUAAGAUAUCGAGAAAGAUAUUGCCUGCAUUCGGGCUCUCGUUAUUAGUUCUUCGGCACGAGCGGUUCUUCGGCACGAGCGUUUCUUCGGCACGAUCGUUUCUUCGCUCGUGGGAAAGUAUAAAGCCUUGAGCUACACCAGCGGGAGAGAGACACGUGGAAAACUAGAACUAUAAAACGCCUCGUGUCAUGUCUUCCCGCGAGCGGAGAAACGCGUGUCCUGCAGCGCUGAUAAUGAGGGUCUGCGCGCAAUCUAAGAAAGGUUUGACCAUUAGAUAUUUUUCAAUCUGUCAGGGUUGACGAGCUACCUCAAAUCUCCAGAGGGGGACAUUUUCGACCCCGCCCAUGACAAAAUUUACCAAGACAUGACUCACCCGCUCACUCAUUACUACAUUGCCUCGUCCCACAACACUUAUCUUCUACAAGAUCAGCUCCGUGGUCCGUCCAGUGUGGAUGCUUAUAUCAAUGCUCUGAAGAAAGGUUGUCGUUGUGUAGAGUUGGACUGUUGGGAUGGCGAUAAUGGAGAACCUAUUGUUUAUCAUGGUCAUACGCUCACCUCCAAGAUUCUCUUCAAGGAUGUCAUCGAAGCUGUUAAUAGAUAUGCGUUCGAGGUUUCGGAGUAAGUAAUUUUUUUUCUUUUACAAACGAGUAAGGUCUUACUCCCGGGGAAGAGGUACAGUGAUGUAAUACAGCAGUCCAUGUAUAAGACUUAAGAUUGAGCUUGCUGAUUUUAGCCCUUUACGCCCAAGUAGUCGUAUUCAUAUUCUUCGUAGUGCUCUCUGUACAUUUCCAAUGGCACUGAAAAGGAGAAUUUGUGUAACAAUCAGGACCUCCUUAAAUUGGUGAUCAUCUUCUUUAUUCUCAUGACCUCUACAUUUGAUUCAAGGGUGAUACUGUAAGGAGAAAUUAGAGGCCAGUCAGUUCUCUGUGUUGCGUUCUUGGGCAACACAUUUCACUCUGACUGUGUCUGAUGACCCUUCAAAAUGUCAGAGAGGCCUGACAAUAGACUAUUAUCCUAUCCAGGGAGGAGUAGCAACACCUCGUUGCUUCAUUGUACAGAAACCGGAAUGAGCUCCGGUCAGAUGAGCCACUCAGUUCAUAUUCUGACUUAAAUUACCUCGACCAGUAAUUAGUAAUUUAGCAAUGAUUCUUUCUUUCUCCUGUUUAUAGAUAUCCGGUUAUCCUCUCCUUGGAAAACCAUUGUAAUCUUUCAAAUCAAAAGAAAAUGGCUGAAAUACUCGAAGAAAUACUUGGCGGUAUCCUUUGAAUGAGUUGUUAUAGAAAUAUUACCAGAAUUUAAAGCAGCAUGUUGCUAAAAAAGGGGUGUAUGUUUAAAGAGAAACUUACGUUGUAAAUCGGGCGCGUGAUUUGAGGGAAAAAUAACGGGAAGAACAAACAAGGAAAGUAACGAACUGAAGAAUCAUGAACGAAUGAGUAGUAAAGGGAAGAACGAAAGCAUAUCGAAAGAAAAUUAGUAACAUAGUGGAAGGAAGGUUUGGAGGUAUCUUUAAAUUUGUUCGAUCAAGUUGUUUUGAUGACAGUAACAAUAUCAUCGGGGUUCAUCUUUCCUACUUCAGUGUCAGGUGUAAAAACAUGAAAUACAAAAUCUGAGGGGAAAAAACCAGCCUGCGAAUUUGUUGCGUGAUCGUGUGAACGCCGAAACGAGUUUUAAAAUAAACCAGGAAAUUACUUUAUAUUGUAAUUUAUGUGAUAAGCUGCAUCCCACACACAUUUCAAUGGGUUCUUAAGAUCUAUCGGAGGACAUACGCAGAGAUGACGUCACCGUUAACAACAAUUUGCUUUUUCAGUAUUGGUAAUCACAUGAUUUCGAGUACAAUUUGGAAUAAAUAGGCACGAGUAAAUUUUUUCAAAGACUAUCUGUGGUCUUUGAAAAAAUUCACAAGUGCUCAUUUGUUCCAAAUUUUACGAGAAAAAUCAUGUGAUUACGUAAUAACAAUAUACAUGAAAAAAUACGAGAUAGCUUAUCAUAAUUAUACAGAAGCAAAGCGCGCGCAUCAAGUGCCAAAAUAAUUUAUUCAAACCCUACAAGUGAUAUUUUGCGUUCGGUCAAAACAACCGCGUACGAUCAAAACAAUAAUAGACAAUGAUAUUUUCACAUCUUUAAGGCACAAAAAAGUUCAAGGAAUGAUGUAGUCUGGUUUGUUACUUCUUUGCACUAAAUUAAUCCUCAUCUGCAUUGAAUUACUUGAAAACUGCAUUUAUCUUAUUAUCAUAUAAAACAAAUAGAUUUCAUGUUGUCGCGCGUGGGUCUGCUCAGUAAUAGAUCACAGAAGUUGCCAAAUGUGCGAAGAACAUCAGUGUUACACUUGGCUGCACCUUAUUGGUUCUUACCACCUUUUGACGUCAUCUGUGCUCUGAACUACGCACGGCAACAUGGAAUCUGAGAUAGACUCGCUGUGUUGCUUUAAGACAUUACAUUAAUGUGAUGGUUCAAAAAGAUAAGAGGCUGUUAAGUUCCUUGACUAAUUUGAUAACCAGAUACACUGUACAAAAUUCCCGUAGAUAAGGAAUUCGAUACUUUUCCAUCUCCAGAGUUCUUCAAGAACAAAAUUCUCAUCAAGGUAUUGGCAAAGCGGCGUGUUGUUUAGUACAAUAGUAUUAAAUAUAUUGUGACAAGCUGUUUUACGUCAAAAGUUAAGUGUCCACGAAAUAACUGUUACUUCCGCUGUAAUAUUGCAUGCUCACCGCUUAGCCUAUAUUGCAAAAUGAGAAGGAGAAUGUUUUAUUUGUGGUUAGCACUAUCCUCUUUAUUUACGUAAUAUACGGCAGAUUAAAAUUUUUCGAAAUCACUUUUUCUCGCAGGGUAAGAAAUUAAAACCAGAGCAAGAGAAAGAUGGUGACGACGAGGGUGACGUCACAGAUGAAGACGAAGCAGCUGAUAUUGAUCAAGAGGCAGCUUCGGUUGCAAUGCCAAAAGAAAAUGCGGGCGCGGAAGCUGGUUCGAGUGCAGGCGCAGAAGGACCCUCUACCACCAGUACUUCUCCUCCGGUUAAAAAGAAGGAAAAGAAACCAAAAAAGGUACCUAAUUAUUAUUUUAUUAUUAUUAUUUAUUUAAGCAAUCGACGUAAAAGGACUGAAAGAACGCCUAGUACUCGUAUUGAAAGACGUCUGUUAAAAAAUAAUUUUUCAUAAACUUAAAACAAACAGUUUAAAAGUAAUACUUAUAUUUACGAACACAGAGUCACCCCUUUUACUACCAGAGUGUCAUUAGUAAUUUUCUUACCUGAUGGGGCAGUACGGAUAAGAUGCUGCUCUUUUAGUAGGUUACCCACCCCUCCCCCAGUUCCCCCUGUUUUCUUGGUUGCCCCAAAUUUCAGUUGAGUUUCUAUUGAUGUAGAAUGUUAGGAUAUUGCUCCAUUAGUGAGUUACCCUCCCUUCCCUGAGUUCCCCUUUUGUCCAGGUUUCCCCAAAUGUUUUUUUUUUUUUAUCUCUCUAAAGGAAUUAUUUGUUAAAUAUUUUAAUAAUUAAAGGUUUGAUAUUUUAAGGUUAAAAACAUUUUCCGAAAUAACUUUGAGGCAGGUAUGGUUUUGAUGAAUUGAUUGGUAUUGAUUGAUUCUUGAAAGAAUUAAGAGAAAAUUGUCUUAGUAAAUCUUUGACAGGCUUCCUUAAGUUUUAGACAUAACCUUCUCUGACUAAAGUCAUAAAUAUAUAUUUUUAAAUAGUUUUAAUUAAAUCUUCAGUUUAUCGUUCUUUGUUCCAUGUAUUUACCAGGAAAGCAUUCGUAGAUCUUUUCGUUCCGUUGGUAAAGUGGUACGCAGCGCUGGUAAAUUUAAAGACGAAACAGAUGUAAGUAAACGCUUAAAUUUCAUGCUGAUAACAAUAAACUUCGUUAAGUUCAAGUUGGAGCGUUCUUUUCACAGUGACAGUUGUAAUAAAUGCCCUGAAAUCUUUGAAAAAUUUAGGGGAAAUCUAGAACCGCGCUAUCCUACAAAAGGUGCGCUUAGAUUUACUUGUUAGAGUAGAUUACCAUCGCCUAUAGUUAAGAAAAUUUUAAAAUUUUAAAUCAAAGCGCUUAUAUUAUGUUUUGUCACUGGAAGAAUGCUCUAGCUUUGUUAAACUUUAAAUUGAACUCAAAGGAGAAUGGCUAAAGAAAGAAAAAUUGAUGAAUCUGUUGCAAGUAUCAAGGUAAAUAAAAAUGAUGUAGGUACUUUCGAGCAUUAGCCUCUUUCAGGCGUUCAGUUGUAAAACGAAGCGCGGAAGAACACGACGCGAUUGGAGUGGAAGAGUGAAAAAACCAGGGAGGUCUGGGUCGGGUUGCGUAAUGGACUGUGCCACCCGACCCAAAUCUCUCUCGUUUUCAAUCUUUCAUUGCUAUCUCACCGUUGACUGUUUCGCUGUGUUUGACUCACUGAGCGCCUGGAACAUGCUACUAAAGCAUAUGAUUUCAUGGUAAAUUUUUUCUAAUACUGACAUCUUAUAACCUUAUCGCGAAGAAUAAUUAACCUCUACAGCUUAAAGUAAAGAAAGCUAGGAUUCUUUCUCCUCCUUAACGUUAUUAAUUCUGUUCCUGAAUUACAAUAUAAUUGAUCCAGCUAUAAAUAAAUAAGCCUCGCAGAUCUCAACAGCCUUUAGAUUCAGACGACAAUUUUAACUGCAUGAAGUCUUUGAAUUGUAAACUGCAUGUCAGCCGGAAAGUCUAGUUAAGUUUUGCCAGGCGUAAAAUAGCUUCAAUACGUCGUAACAUCCUGUAAACUGAAAAUGAUAUGUUGAUACAUGCAGAGUAAUUUGUCUGGAGCUCUAACACUAACAAAGUACAGUGAACCAAUUAAUUAUAUAGACAUUUUAAAAGAAAAUGCACAGUGUCAGCGGAAUAUUGUUAAUUCUAGAACAAAUUUAAACCUAGUUUUGCACUCUUAACGUUAGCUAUCGUAUUUUGAUUCGGAUAAAGAAGGUUUCCUUGUUUACAUGUUUAUGUAUUCUCCUGCCCGCUUCACGAAAGAGAUCAGCGACCUUAUGGAAUCAUUUUUAGGUUUUGUGAGUAGGAACAGAUAAAUUCAGCCCCCCUCUAGGACCGCUAGACCAUGAUUGCCCAAUUCCGACUCCAACAAGUUUACGAGAACAAAAGGAAAUCUCUGUUACUUAAAUUUUCUAAGAAUCUCGAUAUGUUCGUGAAAUAAUCUUGAUUGGCAGUGGUGAAAUAUAAUUACCUUCACUGUUGGAACAGUGAGAGAAAAAAAGUGUAAAACGCGCAGUGCCUAUCACAACAACAGAAUUCGAUUUCCGAACGAGGACUCGGUGAUCUGUUUGAUUAAAUAUCGUUUUUCCAGCUGAAAACGUCAACCCUUUACACCCUAACAUCAGUAUGCAUAUUCUCCAUACUGUUCUCCGUACAUUUCUUGAGGAGCUGACAAGGAGAAUUUGUAUCUAAACAAUCAAAAGUUUCUUUAGUUGGUGAUCAUUUCCUUUAUUCUCAUGACCUUCUGUGUGAUUCGGGGAUUAUGUUGUAGGGAGAAAUUAGAUAAUGGUCAAUGAUAGGCGUCAAAAGAUGCGCCAACAAUACAGGUUUUCCUGGAGUGCCUUCUUUUUGUUUCUUUAUUAUUCCAUGAUUGAUGGGGUAUUUUUUAAGGUAACCAAUUGCUCAACUUGCGCUUUACUCACAAUGUUGCUGGUUUUACAGAUGCAAUCGUUACAUAUUUAAAAGCAUCAACCCUCAGGAAUUCCAGUUUUGCAAGGUUACUCGUUUUCGAUGUAACUUACGGAGGAGAAUUGUGUUAGACCUUAUUGAUAACUCUUUUCCACAGGAUGAAAAGAGCGGCAAGAAAAAGAAUAAACAGAAGCUGGCAAAAGAGCUCUCCCGCUGCGUAAACUACGUGUCCAGUGUGGGAUUCAAGGGUUUUGAACACGCCAAACAAAAUAGUAAGCAUUUAAGAGCCAUUUUCAAUUGAGUGUCGUGAUUGGUCCAGAAAACUCGCACCACUCUCUCUCAACCAAUCAGAUGCAAAACUGAAAACAAACACGAAUUGGUCACCCGCGUUUUCCCGCGCUUUUGGUAUUUUGCUUGGUUUUAAUUUGAGUUCUCAUUGGUUCUUUAAAUUCUUUCACUUCGUCUGAUUGGUCGUCGUGACAACUUUGGUUUUAGUCUUGCAACACUCAUAUCACGGCCAAUCAGAUUACCUUCCUUCUGGUAGGGAUGAUUGGUUAACUUGUUUCUUCUGAAAAGUGUGGGAAUUUUCACAACAUGGGGAAACAUUGACAAUGAAAGGAAGUGAAAAGCGUAGGAGGUAUGGGUUCGAAUCCUGUCACAGCCUGAAGUUUUUCAAGCUCUUUCUGAAAUUUCUUUUACUUGAUCAUUUCUUCACUUGUGCGUAGACUUCUCCCUGCCCGACUUUCAUAACGUAUGAAUAACAUCUUCCGUCUUCUCUCUGCUUUUUCAAACAGGCAAGUUUCACCAAAUGUCCUCUUUUGUGGAAUCCAAAAUGGUCAACUUGGUAAACUCUCAAGGAGCUGAGUUCGUUGAAUACAACAAGAGACAGCUCAGCAGAAUUUACCCGGCCGGAGGGAGAGUGGACUCUAGUAACUACAACCCUCAACAGGCCUGGAACGCGGGAUGUCAAAUAGGUAUGUUUACCCUCCCUUUUCCGAGAUCUAAUAAUAAAUUCUCCGCACUCUUUGCCGUAUAUUUCCUACAGUUUUAGCUCUGAGAAGUUGUUUUUAAAUCAAUAGUAUCCCAUGGUUGUAGGGGUAGGGAGGGUGGGUAGCGUUGAAAUCCGACGAGACUCUAGGGUCAACUUCUCAAAAUUCGUUGCGGUUAUUUAACUACCUUUUUCAAUUUUAAAUUGAGAAGCAGCUGAUUAUUUGAUUCGCAUGCCGACGCAGCACAGCAGCUUCUUUAACCUCCCUGCUUUGAAUUACACCAGAGAGUUUACUUUAAUUGUUCCUUUUUGACAAUAGUUGCCUUAAACUACCAAACGGAUUCUGAACCCAUGCACUUGAACCAAGGAAAAUUUAGAACAAAUGGACGAGCUGGCUAUAUUCUGAAGCCUAAAGUUCUACGAGACUGUAAGUAUUUCCAAGUUUAUUUAGAACCUUCAAUAACCUCAGGAGCUUUCAUGCGGUAACCUUGAGUUAUUCCUUCAACCCUCUGCUAAAGCACGCUUUCCUCACGAUUGCAUUGAGUGGAGGUUCUUUUGAAUCAGCAGGCAAGUAAACCUUAGCUUGAGGGACGAAAGAAAUCCCUGUCUCCCUAGUUUUACAUGUUAUGCGAAACUUUCAUUGACAUGUGAGGAACCUUUGCUUCGUGCCCCCAAACAGCUCUGCUUUUCUCCUUUAUGUUUUCCUGAGUCUACCCCGUCCUCAGUGCCCGUUUGGAGUACAUAUGUAAGGUAAAUUUGAAAUAAUUGUUCUGUGAUUGGUCCUGAAAUUCCGUGCCACCUUCUCAACCAAUCAAAUGUACAGCAAAAAAUAAUCGCAACGUGGUUACCCGCGUUUUUCCGCCUUCGGGUCUACCCUGUCCCCAGUGCCCCUCUGGUGUACACUUAUAAGGAAAAUACAAAAUAAUUGUUUUGAUCAGUUCACAACACUACUUUUGCUUUCUAUGGCGGUCUGUCAAAGUAGUUUUUUCUAUGACAUCCUCGACCAUAAUAUAUUUCUAAAACCUUUCUCCUGUUUUUUUUUAGCCUCAUUAAAGUUGAAUCCUCUCACUAAGACAGAAAUUCCCGGUGUGGAGAAGGUUACUCUAUCCAUAACGGUAAUGUAGUCUCUUACAUUUCUAAACUGCACCCUCUACGUUAUGAUUUUAGGCGGCAGCUUUAAUCAGUUUUCAGUUAAGUGUCCAAAGUAAUCUGGAAUUACAAUGGGUUUCUUUUAUUUCGCUCUGUGAUCGGUCCAGAAAUUUCGAGCCAUCUUCUCAACCAAUCAAAUGUAAAGCAAAACCGUUCGCGAUUUUGUCACCUGCGUUUUCCCGCCUUCGAAGCGUUUUGGGCUCUGAUUGGCUUCUUUGGGUAAUUCCUUAAGUUUUGUGUUUAACCGUAGGGAUUACAUUGCACUUGAUUUUACGACAAUCAACGGAAAAGCGUUUUACUGAAAUCGUUUAAAGUGCUUUCUUUUUCACUUCUUUGCACACAGUUGUGUCCACAUAAGAAAAGUCGCUCAAAACUGGACAGUCAACUUGUUCAAAGCUCUGCUAUUUUGUUAAAAUACACGGAUAUUAAAAAAAGUUUUCCGUGUUUAUUGACGAUGAAUCUGUAAUUUUCAGUAAUUACUCAGUAUUGCCUUUCGUCCUUUACAGCUAUUUACCUUAGGGUUUUCAUCAAUUAAUCUUGAGAAAGUUUUGGAAGACUGUAUUCUUGUUUAUGUGUAUUUUUCCAGGUCAUUUCUGGUCAACAACUUCCAAAGCCAGCUAAAGAAGGAGAAAAAGGAGAGGUAUGUUUGAAGUGGACAAGUGCCUGUGGUUAUACUGUCCAAGUUUAGAGGUUGUUGUCUCAACUGCUUACGAUUCUUUUGCUACUGGAACUGGGGUGCUAUUUUAUAACUAUGUUAGAUACAGACGUUUUUAGGCCCAGACAGCAGCGGUACGCUUAGACUCCUUUUGCCUGUCAUUAUCGUUCGCCACUAUCGCCUCCCUUGUGUUCCCACUAUCCCCUCCCUUGUGCACCAUCUUACCGGCUCCAGGCUUUCUCGUAUCUUCCCAAUCCAAUAUGGCGGCUUCAUCAUUCGAUCGAAAUAUUAAGCACCUGCUUACCAGAAAAUAUGACGACUAUGGAGUCCAGGUGGAUUUUGACGACAGAAUAUCUGAAAUCAGAUUUUUUUUCUUUACAGAUCAUUGAUCCUUAUGUAAAACUCGACUUUCAUGGCAUACAAGCUGACACGGCGUCUUUCAAGACGAAAGUCGUCAAAGACAAUGGUAAUAAAAAAUUUUUGUCGACUUUGUUACAGAAGCACGAUUUUAUGAUGCGUUCGCUGAUAGGCUGACAUGAGAAAUACUUCGUGCGCUCUGGUAGGGUGAUUGAGUAGCAUAAUGACAUGCUCUUCAACGUAUAGCCUCCCUCUCCGCUCCCCCAGCCUCCCCGUCCACCACCUUUUCAGCCCAAGUCUCCCCCUCAAGAUCACUUUUUCGAUCGAUUGAUACUAUUUAGAACAAUUAAGAUUGUUUUAUGUGUUUGCAGGUUUUAAUCCAAUGUGGAAUGAGAGGUUUGAAAAGGUUUUGCUGAUGCCGGAGCUCACCAUGAUUCGAUUUGCCGUAUUCGACGAAGAUGUUGGAAUUGCGGACGACUUUAUUGGCCAAUUCUCCAUACCCUUUACCAGUUUAAGACCAGGUAUUUGUGUGAGAUGGAAUGAUCGCUCUCUUUAUUAUCGCUGCGACUUAUCGGGUAUAUGUGUUCUAGCCUCAAAGCCAUUGACCACUCUUUCAAUUUGCUUAGUGGCUUUAUAAACCACAGUGUGAGGAAUAACGCGAAAAAUUUUGAAAACACUCGCCUUGGUUGAUACCUUACGAGCCGUUUGAGAGUUCUCUUAAGUAUCUGCAACUUUCACCCCAUUGCAAGUCGAGCGCUCGCUGUUUCUCUGUGUCUUUUCCAAUUUAAAAUUACCUUAAUGAUCACAUUUCAACACAAAAAUUGUUCAAAGAUUUUGCAGCACUUUGCCGGAAUCAUUGUUAAUCACUCGAUAUUCUGCUUGCCUCUUAACUUCUUUCAAAAUAGAACAUCACGUGAAUCGACGUGAUAGCCUUCAAUCCAUCUGCAUAGAUAAGAUUAUUUGAUCGACAUCUGCCUGUAAAGUUUGACGCAUAUAAUUUUUUUAAUCCAGGUUACAGGCAUAUUCAUUUGUUGAGUAACAAAGGUGAAUCUCUAGGCUAUGCAACUCUCUUCGUUAACAUUGAGAUCAACAGCUCAGGAUCCAACAGCAAUACGUCUUCACAUAUGGUAAGGUAUUCUUUUUGUUUUCUUUUACCGCAGUGUUGAAAAGAGUGUCAAAAUUGAUCCCGGUUUGCAUCGAUUGAACUCUACUUUGCUAUGAUUGGACUGAAAAUGUCACACUCUUUUCCUAAACCAAUCAGAGCUAGGCUAAAUUCAACUGCCCUUUAACUUCCAACAUUGAUCGUAUAAUAUCCAUACAUGAUCCACCAAACAAUCAAUGAGGUUAAUCAAACUUCUCAGGUAGAAUUUGUAAUCUUGAUCCAACAUCAAAGUCUUGCAUUUAUCAUACAAGGAAAUGAUUAGCAGCUAGAUGGGAGAAUUGACAACCAGAUCUUGGGUGUUGAAGGGUUAAUUCAUCAAUUUCCCUGGAAAAACACUUGUCAUAAGACUUCGAUUUCAUUUUAAAUUCUUACAACUAGCUAAGGGAGAAGUGUGCGGCUAUUAGUGAUAGUAUUCAUGUGAUAUACAGGAGUAUAAGUUCUUUUCUGAUCAAUAUUCACUUGUGUAUCCUCCAUUGACACAAAGGAUUUUAUGUGGAAACAUAAUAGAAACGCUGUGCAACGGCCCAGAAGAAGAAUGUUUCUGUAAGAACGCAAACAGCAGUCUUUUUUUUUUAGUUUAAAACCCAGUAUAGCUAGUCGAAGAAUUAAGGGGUCUUUUUGCUUUCGACUUUCUCUCGUUUCGUAAUCACUCUGAGUUACUGGUAACGAGCUUGAAGUAUACCAGGGACUAUUGAGGGGCUUGUCUCCAUGGUCUCUGUUCUUCCCACCACCGAAGGAAGAAGAGCGACCCUGGAAACAAGGUUGGAACCUAAGGAAGAAGAAAUGAAUUCUCUUCCUCCCCCUUGCAUCGUUGGGUUUUGUUUUGCUUCGUUAUUUUUUUAAUAAUUAGAGAGACUAGUGGAUACCAGACAUUCCUAUUUUUCUCCCUCUGCCUUCCCGAUGCAUAACCUUCGUUCUACGCAUUUUCAGUUACUACCCUUUUGAAGGUCAUGAAAUACACUUUCUUGUUAAUUUAGGUCUGGUGUUGCGUGACAUCACCGUUGUCACGUUCAACACAGUAUAUAAAUUCAGAGAGACAUUAUCUAUGAUUUUUCAAGAUCGUGAUUCCCAAACCGUUUCAAUCUUCACCAUCCCUAGUCCAUGUUCCCUGUUGGUUUGUUAGUGGCUCGUUUCCGUUUUGUAUAGCCUGUGGGCAGGCCAUCAUAACUUGCGUUUCUUCACCCGUGAGAAAGUUUGAAGUAUUGAGCAACGCUAGCCUGCGAGAGGUUAGCAUGUUGUUCUAGCAUACCUCUCAUCGACUCGUCUACAUUCUUCAUGUGCAAGAAGAAACGCUCGCCCUGCUGCGCUGAUACUGAGGGCCUGCUCACACGUUACGUUUUCAAUGUUGCUGAACAAAUAUUUUGUAUCCUCAUUCAAAUUGAAGUAGUUUUGUUCGACGCAAAUCAACUGAAAACCGCCUAGUGACGUGACCUAUUUAAUAAAAGACAGACAGUAGACACUCUGUGGAACAUCUUAGUAAUGCAAAUUCACUUUAUUUCAGGAGACGGCUUCACCGACGAUCUCGAGAUUCUAGAUGAUGAACACCCAUUUAGCAAGAAAUUUCUUUAUUUUCUUCGCUGACUCGUCCUCAGUCGUCUGUCUACGUUUAGGGAAGGCGUGGGAUCUGCACUAGUGCUAGUCUCCCGCGAAAAAUACGAGACGAGUAGGGACGAGUUAGUCUUCUUUGCUUUCUUCUACCGGAAUCUUUGGUCAACUUAUAUUAUAAGGGUAAUAAGUUGUUAACGUGUAUCGCCAUGAGUGGAUCACUUUUCAGUUGAGUGUCGCGAGACCACAACUUAAAUAUUUACAAAAGCUUAUCAGGAAGAAGGCGGCUGUGAUAGGGAACCAAUGAGACCUCAUGGUAAAAAAAAAAGCACGUCUACAAAUGGCCUGAAGCGCGGGAAAACGCAACUGGCGAAGUCAUGUCUGAUUGGUUUAGAGAGUGGCGCAAAACCUGCUAUGCCUUCCCGGCAUACUCUCGACACUCGUUUGAAAACUGUCCGAGAAAAGUCAUUUUUUUUUUGGCUAGUGUUUAUGUAAAAAUAAUGAAAACUGUAUGUUAAAUUUAACGGGAUGUAACGGCAAUAGGAAUGUUUCUUCCAGCUAGGAGUCAUAUAUUUUCGGUGCUCAUUCCCAGCUAAUAAUACGAGAUGAAUUCUUAACCGAGAAAUUGACUUAGAAAAAAUGAUUGAUUCAUUUAACUGAUAAUAAAGGAUUCAACCAAUUCGACGCGAUUUAUUACAGCAAAAGGUAAGUUAUUUCGUAAUAAUAUAUUUAGGGUAGACCUGAAGAAAUGUUUACUUCUAAUGUAGCUAAUUAAGCGAGUACUUUCAUUUGAAAAUCUCAUCCUUCUGGUUUUUGACAUAAUGGUGUUAUUUCUGAAUUGUUUUGAAGUGAAAUAAUCCAAAAUGCAUUAUGAUUCGUUGUGGGUCGGCAAAAUUAUAUGGAACCGGAUUUUUCUCGGGAUAUAGAAGCCUUAAUAGGGACAAGUAAGGGCGUGUGUUGGGAGUGGGUGGGGAGGGUGGGUGCUGUAAUAACGUUUGCCUUGCAUUUGGAGGCUUGCCAGUGUGUAAAUAGUUAUAAAUAAUAAUAAUUAAUUUUCUUUGACAAGGUCCUUCAGGGAAGGGGGAAGUUCUAAAUCAGCAACUUGUGGGCAGGUUGCUAUAAUAUCAUUGGUUUUUCUUCUUUUUAUCAUAGGGUGGCAUAACUCAUAGGAAUUCCCCCCCCACCCCCUAGCAAAGUAACCAAGUAUUACAGCUCUUAAUCAGUCUAGUGCCCAGACUUUUCACGGCUAGGCGGUUACAAUUACACGAAAGGAUCAGGGCACAAGAUUAGCUCUUAAUUAUCAGCUAACCUAGUCUAUUGUUUAGUCUGUUGUUGUGAGAUAACAACAAUAUUUUGCUCACUAUGACGGUUAAGAUGAACAAAAAUACAAUCACAGGAACGGAUACCAUUAUAAAUUAUUAUUGAUCAAUUUUUAAUUACUAUUUAUGUGGAAAUGAUCAUUUUGCACUGUUAUUAUAAGCUAUUUACUCCUUACUGGGCGGGAAAAAAAUGUACGCUCCUUUUUUGAAUGUGAUAUCUAUUUAAAGCACAUUUUUUUUAUCCUCAUAUGAAAUUUCAAUUUGAUCAGCCAUCACUGCAGAUAUUUAAGCUACUGAUAUUUGGAUUUAGUCAGUAAGAAUAAAGUGUUUCCUUAAUCUUGCUCCUACUUCGUUUACUUUUUGCUUCCAUUUCUCCAUUUGCCGAUGGCAAAAUAUUAGAUAACGACGUUAGUAAAGGGGAAAUCUUAACUUCAAGAAACAAGGACACUUAUGAUUAGUCAUAUACUGGGCCGAUAAAAGCUCCCAGCGCAUGAAAAAAAGGGGUGUGAGAUUCUGCCUGAUAUUUGACGUUUGCGCCCGGAGCGUGAUCGUAAUAAAACGGAGGAAACCUCAAAUAGGAUGGUAAAAUUAUCAACCACUUCUUACAACCACUCUCUAUUUUCCAAGGGGCUUCCCCGACAGGGAUUUAAAUUGUGAGAUAUAAAAAUGGAAAAGUAGAAAUCUAUAUUCAGAAUGAUUGAGCACCCUUAGACCCUUUCCCAUGACGCGUUUUUACCACCCACAUUAAGUACUACGGAAGGAAACCACACCCCAUCCCUUACCUCUUAUCGCUCGGUCAGAAUAUCGCUGCGAGGGAUUUUAUCGUUUAGGUCUUCUAAAAAGAAAGGGACAGUGCUCUAAAUAACUUGAUAUUUUAGCACCGAUUUCUCCGGGGAAGGGGUGAUUAAGGGCUUUUAAACUGCCCGGAACUCUCUCGUGAAGAGUACUCUUGGCCUUAUGCCAAAAUUAGAGAAGAAACAUCUCAGAUAAACAUAGAUAUUUAUAUCCAUAGCUCUUAGAGUUGAACGAAUGCUUGAAGUUGAUACGAAACAAUAUUUCACAACAUUUGGAGAAAAUAAUUGAAACUCCUUGCUUUUGUGCGCGUUUUGACUUCAAGCUCUAAUGCUCCUUUAACUUUUCGCUGCUCCAUCGCCAUUAUUUUCAUCGAGCGCCAAAAAAAAAAAAAACGCCAACAACGUUAAAACGCAAGCCAUCAAACUUUCUUUAACCGGUUUUUUUUUUAUUUCGGUCCGGGCGUUCGAAGAAAAUGCCGCUGUCUUUACUUUCUUCUAAAGAGGUUUCUAGUUCCUUAUUUCAGCAAGUCCAUUCCAAAAUUUAUUUUUACAAGGAAGUCGCUAACGCAGUGCGGGCUCAACAAAGUAUAAAGUUCAACCUUUUCCACUUCGUUGAUUGUGUGACCUGUUUUCUUUUCUUUUGACAACUGUUACACUUCCCAAUGGCUGCUGCAGGAUUUUCCCUCAUUGCAAGAAGAAUCUCUCCUCAAAUUUUCCGUUCUUUUAGUCCCAAAAUCAAUCUGCAGCAGGCUCGGAGAACGGUUCCUUUAAACGAAUUGUGUCGAAGUACCUUCGCGUUGCAACACCGAUUAAGGUACGAUAGUAUUUAGGUCCGCUUUCUUCUUGUAAUUCAAAAUAUAGCGAAUAAUUUUUCCUCAGGUUCAGAUUUGCCAUGAAGGCAGUGAUGGGUUUCUCAAGUAUCAACGUAUUAGAUUAUUUACCUUCUUUUUACUCCGAUUGCAGACAUCAAAAUUAUAUAUUCUAUUUCCGUAAGUGGGUAUUAAUGUACGAUUUAAGUAGCAAUGUUUAUUUCCUCAAAGAACUUUUAGCUCUCUAUAUCCAGUCGAUUAAUAUGGUCAGCUUUUUGUUUACCCAGAGCUGUUAAACAGUCCUAAAUACUGACAACCCACUGAAUGAACAAUUUGGAAUGCAUUCUUUCGCCAGAACUCGCUUACUCGAUCUGCAUUAUUACCUAGUUAAGACCUUAUUCGCGCUUCGCUUGCUAUUAUGUAACGUGUCUGAGGUUUUUUAUGAGUACCACUGCAAUUGUUUUAUUAUGUUAGUGAAAUUUUUUGACUGAGGAUAUACGGUUUAUAGGCAACUUUUGUUGUUUAGUCAACAGAAUCCGCCCGUCUCGGGUGCGGUGUGUUUGAGUUUGUUUGAAACGUCAGUGCUAAAUUUAGGCAAUGUACUUCCUCAAGGAUUUAUAUGAAAAUUUCCUUGACCUAGCGAAUCCGCCCGUUUCGGUUUCUGUGUGUUUGAGUUGUAGUGGUUGAAAAAACUGUUUUAUAGAGUGAGAUUUUCAAGUAGAGCAUGUAUUUUUACCUGAAAAGUUUUUAAAAACACACAGCUUCAUUUGCAUUUGUCAUGAUGAUUUAGUUUAUUAUAAUUUUUUUUUUGCACAGUAGAGAGGAGGGUAGAGGAAAGGGCUGUGAAAUAUUUUAUCAGGGACUGGUCAUUGUUAUUUACUGCCUGGGGUGGGGCAGGGGGGUGUAGUCAGAGAAUUUUGGUUGUCUCACAGGGUUCUGCAGUAUUCUGAUGAUCCCCUCUCAUUUGAAGUCAAUUUUCUAAAGUCCCCUCCCUUCGUACCCCUCCUCUGCAAUGAUGAUCCCCACUGUUCCCCCCCUGAAAACCAUGGAAUCCUCCCAAAAUCCUCAGACAUCUCACUACAAGGCAAUAAAUAGUGGAUGGUUGGGGGGCUGAUUGGAGAAUUUUGGUUGUGUCACGAUAUUCUGCAGUAUACUGAUGAUCCCUUGUCAUUUGAAGUAAUUUUCCAAAGUCCCCUCCCUUUACACCCCCCCUCUCUUAGCGAUAAAUGAUCCCUCCUUGUUCUUACUUGAAAACCACAGAAUCCCCCUGAAAUCCACUGACCCCUCACCACAAGGCAAUAAAUAGUGGCAAAUUGUUUUUUGUAAUAUGAGAUUAAGCAGGAUGCUCAUUUACCUUUGUAUGUAUGCAGUAGUUUUGCUCUCAAUUGUCUGCAUGCUGUGGGUUACUUAGACAGAGUUUCUUGUGUUUUGUUUUGUUUUGUUUUUUUUUUAUCCAUACUACCAGUGUUCUCCUUUUUAGACAGUAGCCAGUAAAAUUUACCACCUGUGUUACCUCUUAACCCUUUAACUCCCAUGAGUGACGAAGACAGAAUUUCUCCUUACAUUAUCAAUACAAUAUCAAACAGGUAAGCGAUGAGAAUUGAGAAAAAUAUCAACUUAGGAAUAAUUGGAUGAUCUAAUACUAAAUUCUCUGAACUAACAUUAAAACAAUUGUAUGGUUAACAGUAAGGAGAAUUACAAACUUUGUCUGGGAGUUAAAGGGUUAAAAGUACCCGGAAUUCAGGAAAAUUUAACAGGUAAUAGGAUUGCUGCAUGGGUUUCUUUUACCUGUCUUGCUUAAAAUAAAGUCUGAGAAAAUUUACUUCUAUUUUUGCUUUUUUGGGUCAUAGCCACAUCUGUCCUUGCAGAGAGAAAAUUAACAAGUCCAUCCCAAAUUACAUACCCUUGUGGGUGUGAGUUCAUACUAGUGAAUUGCAAGACACUGUUUGGUAUUCAAAAUCUUUAAUUUGAUUUAAACUGAAAAUUAUGAAUGCAAUAUCAGUUACACCCAUUUUAUUUCCCCUAGAGAGAUUUAUGUUAUCUUUCUACAUAGAUUGAGUUCAUGAGUCUCUAUAGAAAUCGCUUUUUAAGGAGAACAAUGUCUGUUUUCAUAUGGAAAUUUUACAAUAGUUAAAAAAUUAAGUACAUUAGUACAGCUGCUUCAAUAUUAUUCAAUGAUUUGAUAAGAGAUCUAUUAGUUUUUUUAUUCUCUCCGGGUAAAAAACUGAUGUAUAUAUCUUUCCAUAUAUCGUCAAGUGAAUUCGUAUUUAUUUUGGAUCGUGCCAGGGCAUUCAUGCUAUUUAAUUAAGUAAUCUUUACAACCCCAGGAAACAAAGACAGCGUGUAGUCUCGAUUUCAUGCGACGGUCAGGAGAGCUAAGUUCUAGGUUACCAAAAUAAAGAUUGCUUUCACGUGGGUUCCUAGUCAGUUCGAUUGUGGAAUUACGCCCUGCUAGGAAAGAACCGGUUCAUCAAAGUAUGUCAACAAAUAAUACCUGAUAAAUUAACCACUUAGUUUUCUUAUUCUGCUUUUUUUCGCUUAUUUUACAGCUCUACGAUGAGUAAGGCGUUCAUUCAAAAACCGGCGCCGCCAUUUUCUGGGACGGCUGUCAACCAUUAUGGAGAGUUUGUAGAUAUAAAGCUUUCAGACUUCAAAGGUAUGAGAUCAGCUUUUUAUUGGAAAAAAUGUGCUUUAUUUCUUUUGAUUUCGCUAACCGUGUUCCUUUUUAUGUGCAGGAAAAUAUGUGGUGCUGUUCUUUUACCCGCUGAACUUGUAAGUAGACUGAAAGUUAACGAACUGUUAAGCGUAGAAUUUACAGGUGAACGGAUUUCGUAAGCUUUGGUUUGAUUGAACCUUAAACCCAUCUUGCCUGAAUAAUUAGAUCAUCAGUUACCAUGAAGUGAAUAAGAAAAACAGUUGCAACGCUCCAGUGAAACGUGAAAUGCUUGAAAAGGAGCGAUUGUAAGGUUAAUUUUCAUUCCCAAUGGUGUUUUCACAUUCGAUCAGUGUUAUACUUUGAAUAAAUGGUUACGUAAUUAACAUAGCAUUUAAGUUACUGUUUGCUUUUUAAAAAAAACUUCUCUUGUUGCUUGCUCAGAACUUUUCGAUAGGAUAAAAUUUGUGACCCAUUCGCUGGGAAUUUUUUUCCGUUGUGACGAUUGAAAAUUGACGUGAAUCGAGUUGAGGCCAGGUUUGUACAGCUGACCUCGAUUUCUGAUUCGAUCUCUAUGCAUUCGUGUCUUCAAUUAAUUUCAAGGACAUGAUGUCCUUGCACCUCGAGAAGAUUAAUAGCUGUACUCAUUUCACGGCGUCUUUGAUCGAUACUACAGUACUGUCAAGUUUUCUAAAAUUGAAACUCAUCGAAUCACCAGAUAAUGUCCUCGGAAAAAAAAAAACACUGUGUGUUAUAAAUACUUAUCUUAAUAUUGGACCACAGACCGUUUACGUCAGAUCUUAAAUCAGUGAGUCGUAGACAUUUCCUUCUUUUAAAAUUGUACCUUUUUCGUGCUAAGAUACGGAACUUCUUGCACGUGUAAAGCUUUCUCUUUCUAUCGGACUUGUUGGCGAAAAGCGUAUAUCUAAUAGUUUGUCAAACUGAUUAUUGUUAAUUUCCGUCAUUGCCUUUUUUCCUGUUUGAAUGUACGUCUAUCAAUUAGCAUGCGAGAAAAGUUUUAUACUGCAAUUUUUAGAUUAGGCUACUAAAAAGAGUCUACCAGUCUAAUAUUUGCGAUUUAUAAUAGCAAUAAGAGAACAAAAUUUAAAAAAAACAGCCAACAAAGCAAUUAAUUUUUCUCAAAUUUACAUAUCAAUAUUUGUCAUCAAACAUUUUCUCUGCUUUUAAUGAAAUUUAGCCAGAUCUGUUUAUUUUAUUAGUCAAACAUCUCAAAAGAGGUACAAAGCAUACAUCAAAUGUUUGUCUUGGAAAGGUUACUGUUUUGAGAUGUUGUUAAUUAUUACAGGUAUACAUGUAUACUAAAGCAGGUUGAAAGCUGUUUAUAUGGCCUUAGGUGAAAAAAAAAAAAGCUUUUAUUUUGUCAACCAACACAAUUUUACCAUCAUGUUUUACUAAAGAUUGUCUUGGAUUUGAAGAACCCACAAAAUGUUUGUGUGAAAUAAAAAACUCAAUCAAUUAAGGUGUGCUUGUGCUGCUGAUAAACAGCAGUGAACAGCUAAGGGUAAUGUUGCCUUAGGGUUGGAAAAUUUCAAAAGCUAACUUUCCCUCUGGGACUGGAUUAAAAUGCAUCUUUUGAAGCUCUUUUUCUCCCUAUUUGUUAUGACUUAUGUAGAACCUUUGUACUCUUAUUAAGCCUUUCACUCUCAUAAAUGGCCAAAAAAGAAUUUCUCCAUACAAUGUCUAUACAUUGACAAGUAGGCAAGUAAUGAGAAUAAAGAAUAACAUGACAAGGCACAAAAAUUCAUCAGGGGAUCGAUUAGUUGUUGAUCUAGUACCAAAUUCUCUGAACUAAAGAGAAUUGCUAAUGAGAUCAUGGGUGUGAAAAGGUUAACUCCAUUUGCUAAAUGUGAGAGCUGCUAAUGAGGUGUUAAUGGUAGUAAUUUUAAAUGUUGGGUUUUGAAACGUCAGGAAAAGUAAACUGCUGACUUUCUGACUUGAUUUGUCAAUCAUUCAAGCUGAACACUUUUCAGAGUUAGCAUUUGGUGACCAAAAUUUGUGGCAGUAUCGCAGAGAUACAUGUAGCUUAAGUAGCCAAAAAAAAAAAGGGAAAAUGAGCAGAAAAGAAAAUUUUUGGAGCAAUAAAAAUAAUUUUUUACACAAGAUAUACGGUGAGAGUCAAUACAAUAUGAAACAGCAUUAAACAAAUUCUCACUUUCAGACAACCCUGAAAUUUCUUUUGUAUUGUGUAGAACAAAAUCGAAAAGGCACAAAGCUCGUAGCAUAUUCUCUUAACUAGUACACCUUUAAACUCUUAAGAUCUGGUUGUUAAUUCUCCCCACUAGCUGCUAGUCAUUUCCUUGAUAGUUAGAUACAAGAAUUUGGUGUUAGAUCCCGAUAACAACUUCUGUGAAAUAAGUUUGAGUAUUCUCUUUACCUGUUUGUUGGGUAAUGUAUGGAUAUUAUGGGGAAAAGGUACAUGUUAAUCACUUCUGGGAGUUGAAUGGUUAACAUACACAAAUACUUUGACCUUUGAUGAUGUUGUAGACACUUGUAAACUAAGUAAGUUGUUCUCAAUUUUUUUUUCCUUUUUAUUUUCAGCACAUUUGUUUGUCCCACAGAGAUCAUUGCUUUCAGUGACCGAGUCCAGGAAUUUGAAGCAAUCAACUGUUCAGUGAUUGCUUGCUCUGUGGAUUCACACUUUUCGCAUUUAGCUUGGUAAGAGGGUAACUGAUAUGGAGAGAAUUUAUCCUCUACACCUUAAUACUGGUAUCCGUAGCCGUAUCCUCCAUAGUCUUUUCCAUACAUUUCCUUUGGUACUGAUAAGGAGAAUUUGUUCAACAAUCAUAGCUUCUUAGGUUGGAAAUCAUUUCCUUUAUUUUUAUGAACUUUUUUAAAGAUUCAGCAGUAGUUCUCUAAGGAGAAAUUAGAUGCUGGUCACUCUCAGGGUUAGCCGAAGCAGAAUUGCAUGAAUCAGUAAGAAGAAGGGAAAACAGAUUUUAAUAAACAUAAUAUUUAAUGAGGAGGCAGCAAGAAACGCAAAGCUGUAUUUCAGGAGGGUCUUUAACAAAAAAUUAAAAACAAAUAAAUAGCCAUAGGGGGGAAAAAAAAUCAAUGAAACCCUUAACACUUAAUUUUGUUGUGGUUAUUAUUUAGUGGCUUAAUGUGAGCUCCAGGUUUUCAGAAAAGCAAGCCAGUGUCUUAAUCAUUUUUCAGGAGAUUUUUGAUUGCCUCAAAAGAAUCAAUAAUCAAAGAUGUUAGAAAAAAUGUUAUGAAUGUUAGCUGUCUGUCACUCUAACGUCAGUAUGCAUAUUCACCAUACUGUUCUCUAUACAUUUUGUAAGGUGCUGAUGAGGAGAAUUUGUUUGACAAUCAAGGUCUUUGGUCGUUGAUCAUUAACUUUAUUCUCUCAACUUUAAUGUUUGAUUCAGAGGCAUUAUUUUAAAGAGAAAUCAGAUGCUUGUCACUCUUUGGGGUCAAAGGGUGUGGAUGACAGCAAUAUUGAGACAAUCUUUUUUUCACUUUCUUUAGGACAAAUCAACCACGCAAGAAAGGAGGACUGGGGAAAAUGCAGAUCCCUCUUCUUUCUGAUAUAACAAAGCAGAUUUCAAAAGACUAUGGUGUUCUGUUGGAAGAUCAGGGUGUAGCACUCAGGUAAACAAAUAUAAAUUUCUUUAACUCCUAAGAUCUUAUUGUUAAUUCUCCCUUAUAGCUGCUACACAUUUCCUUUUUAGUUAGUUGCAAGAAUUUGGUGUUAGAUCAAGGUGAAAACUUCUACCUGAUAAGUUUGAGUAUUCUCAUUACCUGUUUGUUGGAUGAUGUACAGAUAUUAUAGGGAGAAGUUACAUGUUAAUCACCUCUGGGAGUUAAAGGGUUAAGGUUGUUGUUACCCACUGGGGCAGGAAGAGGAUUUCAGGGGGGAAGUCAAAUUACAUGGUUUUCAUUAACUAUCAAUGAACAUUUUGAAUGCAAACAAGGUAGUUGAUGGUAGUGAAUGAUAACUGAAACCAUCAUCAAAAAUCGUGAACAGUUUAAACAGGGCUUUGGUCUGUUACUCUCCCAUCCCACCACACAAAUCUUAAUAACUUAGAGUUAGAGGAACUAGAUUUGUGUCUUUUCUGUUACAGGGGUUUGUUCAUCAUUGAUGACAAAGGGAUCCUGAGGCAGAUCACAAUGAAUGACUUACCUGUGGGGAGGUCAGUUGAUGAAGUCUUGCGACUGGUUCAAGCAUUCAAGUUUACUGAUGAACAUGGAGAAGGUGAGGAAGACAUUGCCUUCUAGCACCUUUUUUUGCUUAUUGUAAUAUGUAUAAUCUACAGGUCCAGGUUGUUUGAAGCAUGGAUAACACUAUCCACUGGAUAAAUCUCUAUCCAAUGAAUAACACAGUAUGUUUUGUUAACACUUAUCUACUGGAUAGUGAUCUAUCCAUUGGAGAGAAUUAUUGUAUCUUAUAUAAUCUACAGCACCUGUUGUGGUUAGAGCUGUCAUACAGUGAUUUCAUAACCCUUUAACUCCCAAGAUCUGACUGUUACUUCUCCCCUCUAGGUAUAAGGCAUUUCCUUGAAUCUUUUGUUUUUUAUCUUGGCCCCGGUUGUUCAAAGGUUGGAUAACGCUAUCCUCUGGAUACAUCUUUCACUCACUCACUCAUGCCCUUUACGCCUAACAGGCAUGUAGGGCAGCAACGUGUUCCCUCCACAUCUGGCGAUCCCUUGCCAUGAACUUGAUGCCCUCCCAGGUCUUCCCCAUCUCCUUUAUUUCCUUCUCAACUGUCUGUCUGAUACAUCUUUAAACAUUAGAUAAUGUGAUACAUUUUGCUAUCAGUUAUCUGCUGCAUAGCGAUUUAUCCAUUGGAUAGCAUUAUCCCCAGUCCGCCCUUUCUACAACUGAAUCCUGGUUAUUAAUUAUCCCCUCAAGCUGCAACACAUUUCCUUGUUAAUUAGUUACAAGAAUUUAGUGCUAGAUCUAGUAACAUCUAUCUGAUAAGUUUGAGCAUUCUUAUUACCUGUUUGCUGGCUGACGUAUGGAAAUUGUUGUGAGAAGUUACUUUUUAAUCACUUCUAGGAGUUAAGGGUUGAAGUGAAAGAAAGUAAAAGCUAUUUUAUGUAAGGUAUAAGGUAUGGUAACCACGUUUCAACAAAGAAAUGGUAAAGCAAUAAUAAGGUAUUACUAAUCAGAACAGUUUUAGGUGUAAUUGUUCUUAGUAAUUUUGCUUGUGAUGUGUUCCUAAAUAAUUUUGUUUUUCACAUUUGUGUUUUUAGUUUGUCCUGCUGGAUGGCGUCCUGGAGGUGAUACUGUAAGUAGGGCUUUGUUUUUGUAUUCCUUUCAGGUUAAAUAAUGACUUGUACGGAGAAAUUACUCAUUGUUGCUCCUGUCACUGAACACUUUAAUAAAUAACCCUUUAACCCCUAAGUGACCAGCAUCUAAUUUCUCCUUACAAUAUCACUCUUGAAUUAAACAUUGAGGUCACAAGAAUCAAGGAAAUGAUCACCAACUUAAAAAGCUCUUGAUUUUUAAACAAAUUCUCCUUGUCAGCGCCUCAGGAAAUGUAUAGAGAACAGUAUGGAGAAUAUGCAUACUGAUGUUAGGGUUUAAAGGGAUACAGGAGUUUAGUAUUGGAUCAACUAAUCAUCCUCAAAUUGAUAAUUUUCUUUAUUCUCAUCACUUACCUGGUUGAUAUUGCACUGAUAUUGUAAGGAGAAAUUCUUUCUUGGUCACUCAUGGGAGUCAAGGGUUAACAACUUCCUUGACAAAACUAAAUUAAGCGGUGUAAAUGUUUACUUCCUUGGUUUCAUGAUGUUCUUACCAACAUUUUUCUCUUUUGAAGUAUGUACAGUUUUUUUGCAGUUAUUAGAUGAGAUCUGCAAGCUACUGUAUGGCUAAUGAUUUUCAAUACUUUAUUUUUUUUUCAGAUUGUCCCAGAUACAAAAAACAGUGAAAAGUUCUUUUCCAAGCAGUGA